UUUAAACUGUUGAGUAUUAUUUAUUGAAGUUGGUUGAAGUUGUUAAUAUGGAUGAGGAAAUGGAAAUUAAUCCCGAGAAUUUCAAACUGAUCGAAAUUGAUGGAUCACCAUUUGCAAACGAUGAAAAUCACAUAUAUUUACAACAUGUUCUAGCGACUCAGUGUAAAGACAAAUAUAAGUAUCUCAAAGGAAAAUAUAUGAAAAAAAAAGAUAAUAUGAGUGACAGAUCCAGUGGUGCGGAAUUUAUAAAAUUUGAAUAUUUCCACGAAAUGGACGAAUUUUUGGGAACGUCCCAUAAUGCAAACCCUAUUGCCUUGGCUUCUAACAUCAAAAAGCACCAAGUCCCAGACACAGAAGAACGCAAUAUGUUAGACAGUGAUGAUAAUGACACUGAUACAUCGGAGCCUAGUUUGAAGAAGAAAAAAAUUGCCACUAAGCGAAAAUUGCCAGAAAAGGAGAGUCCCCUUCAGAAAUAUGUCAAAGAGUUACAUGAAAAUACAAAUAAAAGAGAAGAUAAUAUGGAAAGACGCCAUAAAGAAAAUGUGGAAUCACGCAAAGAAGCAUUAAAUGUCUUUGCUCAAAAAAUGGAUGCUAUUAUAUCAAUAAUGGCUAAUAAAAACAAGCAAUAGAGAUAAUAAAAAAAAUUACAAUUUUUUUUGUUAUUUUGUUCAAAAGUUUAUUUGUUG